AAACAGUUUUAAAUACAUAUUUUCUCUUUUGAAUUGUAAGAAGAACAACAUAUGGCAAAGACUCAAAACUUUGUUUGCUUCACCGCCGUCUUGCUCAUCCUCAUUUUGGUCUCGACCGAGAUACCAAUGAUUGAGGGAAAAACAUGUAAGCUUUUUAGAGGAGAAUGUCCCGUGGAUCCGUGCGAACCUGAAAAAUGUGAUGAGUGUUGCAAGGCAACGUUUGGGAAACAAAUUUGUGGAAAAUGCGAACAAGAGAGCACUGAAUUACAUUGUCAUUGUCGCCGCUAAGCACUUGAUCAUAAUCUUUGACAAACAAGCCUCUUAUGUACUAAAUGAGAAAUGAUGCGACUUUAACUCAUUUCUUGUUAUCUUUGUUUUUCUUUUUAUUUUGGUGUGUUGAUUUUGAUUCAUUUCGUGUGGUAUUUCCCUUUUUUUGUUUUUCCAUUGUGUGUAAACGUAUAACGUAUUCAUAUUGCGUGCUCCAUAAUAAUUAUGUACGUUCAAUAUGAUUUUAUUGGAUGUGUGUUUGAGAA